AUGUCAGCUGAGGCGGGGCUUGACCCUAUCGUCAACCGCUACGUGCGGUACAAGGCUGGUACGAAGCAAGUCGUACAGUGGCUUGCAAGCACCGCGAGUCUCCACUGCGACAUCAAAGAAUACCUUCACUGCCUCAAGCUCGACUCGUCCCGGUCGAUGUGCGCCCCGACUCAAUCCCGAGUGCAGGUGAAGACGAGAGAACUCCUCGACCUUACCAACAUCAUUGUUACGGCCGAGCCACCAAUACAAAUCCCGAUUGAGAUUCUCGUGGUCCUAGAAGAUGUCAUCGCUCUUCGCCGAGCCAGCGCAGAUUGGUAUUCAACACAGCCAACUUCCAAGGCCGACAAUGACGGACACUCGUUUUUCGUCGAGAUACUGCAACAAAUACAGGCUCUGCUUGCUUCGGCCAAAGGUGCACCGAACGGGACAGAUGGACACGCUGCGUCCACCAGUCGCAAAAGAAAGAGUCAGAAGUUCAAGGACGACUUGUCCAAUCUGUUCGAAUGCUUGGAGCUAGAAGAACCAUCUGAGGCACCUUUGGGAAAUGUCUCUAGCACUCACACGCCUCGCAAGCAAUUCGAGUGCGGAGACUUCUCCGACGACGAGGAAGAUGAGGCCUUUGCUCUGUGGUGCUAUAUCGAAGAUGCCAACGACACUCGCAAGUUCGUCAGAAAAAUGUGGUUUGACUAUCGUGACGGAGAACUUAGCCUAGCAGUGGCAGGUAUGGUGACGGAAUGUGCUUUCGACCUGCUGCAACAUGCACAUAUUGGUUUCGUCGAAAAUUUCCCUUCGCUCAACGACUGGCCUUCACUCAUGGCUCAUCUCGGACUCCAAUGGAUCGCCAAUCAGAACGUGGCAUACGUUUAUCCCGCGAGCAGCGCAAUCACCAAAAAGCUGCCGCCUACGCAUUUUAACACUUCGGAUCUGCUCUGUUCCAGCGCGGCCCUACAACUCAUGGCCUAUGCGAAAGCUUCGGACAACUUUCGCCGGUCGAUUUUGACGAACCACGGUGAUAUCUUCAAAGCGUCCACUGGUGAUGUCACACUCGAUCGACCGAUCACUGCCUUCGAGAAGCCCCUCUUUGCCACGAUACGUGAGCUUAUCAGCCUUACAUCACCAGCGGCGACUGGUGGCCAAGCCGUGGGCUUCUGUCCUACAACAAUGACGCUCGGCCUCAUCGAAGCCUGCUGCAGCCUGCAAGGCUCACGCAGAACAGAGGUGCCACUCUGGCUGGUAUUUGGGACAGCCAUUUGCAUGGACAUCGCCGAAGUUGUAGAGACAAAUGUCGACUGUCCAGGAGACGCGGUCCUGGAUAGCGUAGCUUACGUGGAGCGCACUAUCGACCAUCGCUUCAAGUUCCACGAGAGACCAGAGAAGCUGCGGUUCGAGCCAAUGGAACCUGAAAACCGCAAACAGUGGCAAAAAGUUCUAGACUUGACCUCCAUUCUCAAGGCUGCCAUCACUAAGGGUCGCAAAUUGAGCGAUCCUGCACAGCGGUUGAGCAACCGUGGGAAAAUGGCCUGUCAUCUCGCAAAGUGCAAGUUCCCUCUUCUGGAUUCGCUACCACACUAUGCCGGAGAGAUGGAAUACAUACUCAAAAUUCACCUGCACGAUAUCUCCGUGUAUGCGGCAAACGAGUCAUGGACUAUACUUUGCCUGGCGCACAUCUACAGAGCUGCACGUUUCUAUGGCUUGAUAGAAGCCCACUGGCAGGAUCUUGAUAUGGUGAUUGCGCACCAGAGCUCGCGCAAACCUUUUAUCACCAAGACCAAUGCUCAUUCUGAUGCCUACACGAUGCUGCGUCAUUUCCUGAUAGACUUGGGUGUAGAGCGGUCUGUGCUGUCAAAGCCAGGACUUCCUGGCCCUCCUGACAACAAGACGGUGCAAGCCAAAAGCAAACAGCUCAGCCCUGGAGAAAGUGGAUACCGGGCGGCAGUCAUUGAGCGCUACAAGGCCGACGAGAAGAUCGGUGUCUACAGGACCGACUUUGUUGAAAUUUUCUUGACUAGUUUGACUGAAAAGUCUGACAACACCUCUCGGAGUACACACAAUUCUGCGAAGCAGAUACCGCAGAAAUUUGCACCUUCACAGCUGCUCUCGACCAUGAAGAGCGAAUUGGUGUCUGAUGAGCCCUGCCUCAACUUCGAUUACUCCUCAUUCACAUGCUUUUGCGCCGAUACAAUCAUCCAGAUGUUUCUGGCAGCUCUGUUUGCUGUGCCUACCCAACCGCCGAGUAGCUACAGAAGUUCUUACCAGCUGACUUACUUUCUGAUGAAGGAAGCUGCAGACGCUCAGACACAAUCGAAGCCGAUCCACACCACUGCAUUUGCAAGAGCAGCCAAAGUCCUUGAGCACAUCUUGAAGGAGGGAGACAAGGCCAAGAAAUUCUCCACGGCGGCUUUCAACAUGUCCAGCGGCCGCAUUCCAAAAGCAUCGUGGCCUCAAUUCCCUGCGCAACGCGAUGUCGACCCUGCUGUUGCUAAAUUGCAAGAAUGCUAUCCCGUGACGACCAUCGGCACGCUGCGCAAGACGAUCGAGAUGUACGACCCCAACGGAUCUGCCGAAGCGUUCGAAAGCAUGAUGAACACUUCUGCGAUGCAAGACUUGCUGCCAGAAGACCAGGGCUCUCAAGAUGUAGAGGGAUCGAUGACAGACAGCGAGCUCCGGGACUUGCUUUUUUCUCCAGAAAUACUAUCGCGGUUUUCGCACGUGUUCAUUGUGGGCGAGGACUAA